GAGCCACGGCACCUUCCAUUCCCGGGAGGGAUUUUCUCUUUACUUUCAAAACAAUGUGUGAAAGCCUGCUCUGCAGAAACAGUAGCCUCAGUAAGUUUAAGGAUGACUGAAGCUGUUUCCUCUCCUAGGGAGGUUUAAGAACUACGGAGGGAAGAAUGGAGUUAGACCUAUCGCUGCGUUCCUAGCAGCCAUCCUAUUACAGCCCUGAAUAAAGGCAGGAAUGGCAUGUCUAGCCUAGGUUAAUAAACCCUACGGAGUGCCUGCCUAAAAGCACUACGAAACAGCCUUAAGUCAGCUGGAGAAAACUAAUUUCAAGCAUGGCUGUCUAGUGUGCCUGUCAUUCCUAUUAUCCUUCCAAACUAUUUCAGACAUUUUGAGCAGCGAGUACUAAGCGAUGAGUUAGCAGGGGUUGUGACAUUAAUGGUCCAAAAAGGUUUCAGCACCGGGAGGGAACGAUGACAGCGCUUCACAACCGGUGGCAGUUCGGAGGAUUCCGCUGGAUCUCUGUCUGUCAAUAAUUAGGCUUCGCCUCGGAGGAAGAUGUGACAGCUCUCGGAGGUCCUUCCAUCGUCCCACUGCAGCGAGCAGAGCCAACACUGGGCAACCCUCUAAAAUGUUUAUUUGGACCAGUGGCCGGGGAUCUACAUCUUACAGACAUGAUGAGAAAAGACAGUAGAAGAGGAACUUCUCCCACGUGUACUACUGUGUCCAUGUUAUGGUGGUGCCAGGGCUCAGAGGUGUGCGGUUCACAUGCUUCGGGUGCUGCCUGGAUGAUUCUAAAGAACCAUUACAGAAAGCACAGGAGAUUUUGACCAGCCUCAGAAAUAUUUACCAAAAAAUCAGGGAUCACGACCUACUGGACAAAAGGAAAACAGUCACAGCCCUGAAAGCUGGAGAGGACCGGGCCAUACUGCUGGGGCUGGCCAUGAUGGUGUGCUCUAUCAUGAUGUACUUCCUGCUGGGAAUCACGCUGCUGCGCUCCUACAUGCAAAGUGUCUGGACAGAAGAGACUCAGUGCUCGCUUCUCAAUGCAUCCAUCACAGAAACCUUUAACUGCUCAUUUAACUGCGGGCCAGAGUGCUGGAAAAUCUCUCAGUACCCCUGCCUGCAGGUGUAUGUUAAUCUCACCUCUUCUGGCCAGAAGCUUCUACUCUACCACACCGAGGAAACAAUGAAAAUUAAUUCUGAGUGUUCUUACAUCCCCAAGUGCGGGAAGAACUACGAAGAAUCCAUGUCGCUGGUGAAUGUGGUGAUGGAAAACUUCAGGAAGUACCAGCGCUUCUCCUGCUUCUACGACCCCGAGGGCGUGCAGAAGAACGUGAUCCUGACCAAACUGUACAGCUCCAACGUGCUGUUCCACUCCUUGUUCUGGCCCACCUGCAUGAUGAUCGGCGGCGUCGCCAUCGUCGCCAUGGUGAAGCUGACUCAGUACCUUUCCCUGCUCUGCGAGAGGAUCCAAAGGAUCAGCAGAUAGGAAAGGAGACUCCUCCGAAAUUUAACUGCAGCGAAAAUACUGUUUUUUCUCAUUCUUCACCAAAGAACCUUAAGUUUGUAAUGUGCAAGUCUGGUAUAAGUUCCUUACUAUAUUCUUCUAAGUAGAGCAAUAAUGCAAAAGCUGUUCUAUAUGCAAACAUGAUGUUAUUAUUAUGCAGACAACUGAAAAAGUUACUGUUUUGUGUUGACCGUCUCUAUGAUCUUGUUUUAUGCUGGGAUUAGUACUUUCUUUUCUACAGCCAAGAUAGGGCUCAGUGUGACCAUUGGCCAAGCUUUAGUCAAUUGAUGUUUUCGGUGUAAAAGAUUCUGGGGAAAUUCACAGCUGGACAAAGGGCAGCCGACCACCUGUGCAUCAUUGAGGUCUCACACCUGGCUCAGUCCAUGGGAUGGAUUUGUGGCUUUGGCUUUUCUGGUACUGGCUGCAGAGGAGAGGGGAAAAAAGCACUGAUAUGGGGUUUUUUUAAUGGUAAGAUGGCACAAAAAUGACGUAUUUUGAGGUCAGGUUGGGAUAAACAUACAGUAUUUUCAGCCUCAGUAGGACUUGGUGAUGCUUUGUGUUUGCUCCCUCAGUUCAGAAGUCAAUUGUACCCCAUGGUGUUUGUAAGGUCUUUUGGAAAACACUUUGGAGUUUUAUUUUGUGUAGUGCUAUAAUUUUCUUCUGUCUUAUCAACAUAAGUUUUGUCACUUGCAGAAGCUGUAGCCAAAAAAGCAAAAAACACCUUGUUCCAUUUUGUAUUCUAGUCUGAGCCCUAUUGAUGGAGGUGGGACCAGAACUCCUUAUGUAAAGGUUUAUUAUUCAUUUGUCUUGUAUUUGCUACCAUAUCACUGUAAAGAAAAAAAAUAACACUAUCAGCUAUUUUUUCAUUUUUUACUUCCAACUAUUUUAGAUUUUUUUACUUGAUAUAUAUACAGAUAUAUAUAUAUAUACAUAUAAAGAAAAAGCUAUAUUAUAUCUAGUUGUGUAUUGAAACUUGUUAUGGGGGGUUUUUUCCUUUGUUUUUACCCACUGGAAAAUGAACAGUACAAUUCAUGUAUUUGUAACCUUCAUCCUUGGAUAAUAUCAUAACACGGAGAAGCAGCACUGCAGGAUCUUAUCCAAUAUUCAUGAUGUUGUUUCAGUCAAAGGUCUCUGUUGCUGUGACAUGGGAAAUGACAAAAAUCUCAUCCAAUUCUAUGGCUCUAUUAACUGAAUUGUUAGAUAAUCAUCAUAACACAUUUGGAAAUCUCUCCUGACCUUAACUCACCAUGCAGUGCUGGCUGACAUGAAUUAUGAUUUACAAGACCCAGAGCAAUGAUUUAUUGGAAAAACUGAGAAUCUGGCUAAACUGUUGUCCUAUCUGUCAGAUAUUUACCACAAUAUACUUGCCAGUUUAAUUUCACACACACUGUAGUCACAAUUUCUGCAUAAUUUAUUUUUAUUCCCCUAUAGAAAACAGUCCUUCCUAUGUUUUAAAGACACCUCUCUCAGUUCCUCUUGUUGCACCCAGACUGAAGGACAAACACAAGGCACAUCCUGGGAGCAAUCCUGUGAACUCAUUAUCCAAUAGCUCAAAGAAACCAUACACAGGCCUACUCAAACCAAGAAAAUAACAUUUUUCCCUUCAAAAAGACUGCAAAUCAAGUAUUCUGCCUAGUUCAUCUAUAUAUAUGUAAGUACCUUUCCUCAUCAUAGCAUUAAAAAUUUCAAGAUGUUACAAAACAAGUCAUGCAAGUGUAAUGUGAGCUGUAAAAAAAAAAAAAAAGUUCUCAGCAGUGAAAAUAAACCUGCAAUCUUGUAAUCAGUAGUAUAAUUUUCCUUAGGUAAUUAAAUUCCUGGAGGGUGGGGGGAUAAUGAAGGUUCCAAAAAUAUGUAAUAAAAAUAUUCAAUUAAAUCUUCCAGA